CGCGCUCCACCCACCAAUAAGUGCUUCAGGUCACAAUCGCGGGGCGUCACGGGAUCUGUAAUUCCAGUGCGCCCAUUCAGCAGCCUCAGGUCAUAAUCCCAAGGCAUGCCUGGAGUUGUAGUUUCCGAGUUGCGCCCCUCAGGCGGUACGGACGCCUGAAAGCGGAGAGUGGAAGUCUCACGUGCAGCUAUGGUCCGGGCUCGCGUGUCGCUCUGGGCCAUCUGCGUGCUGCGCGUGGCACUGGCCACUGUAUACUUCCAGGAGGAGUUUCUAGACGGAGAGCGCUGGAGGAACCGCUGGGUGCAGUCCACCAAUGACUCCCAGUUCGGGCACUUCCGAGUCUCAUCGGGGAAGUUCUAUGGGCAUAAAGAGAAAGACAAAGGCCUGCAGACCACCCAGAACAGCCGAUUCUACGCCAUCUCUGCAAGCUUCAAGCCAUUCAGCAACAAAGGGAAGACCCUGGUAAUCCAGUACACGGUGAAGCAUGAGCAGAAGAUCGACUGUGGCGGUGGCUACAUCAAGGUCUUCCCGUCUGACCUGGAUCAGAAGAAUCUGAAUGGAAAGUCCCAAUACUACAUCAUGUUUGGACCUGAUAUCUGUGGAUUUGAUAUCAAGAAAGUUCAUGUUAUCUUAUAUUUCAAGAAUCAAUAUCAUGAAAAUAAGAAGUCGAUCAGAUGCAAGGUGGAUGGCUUCACGCAUCUCUACACCCUGAUCUUAAGGCCAGAUCUUUCUUAUGAGGUAAAAGUCGAUGGCCAGUCCAUCGAGUCUGGCAGCAUUGAGUAUGACUGGAACCUGACAUCGCUGAAGAAAAUGGAAAAAACAUCACUGGAGUCUAGGGACUGGGAUGAGGUGGAAGGUAACAAAGCCCAGGACUGGGAAAAGCACUUUCUGGAUGCCGGUCCCAGCAAGCCAAGCGACUGGAACAGUGAGCUGGAUGGGGACUGGCUGCAGAAGCCACCAUACGAGGAUGGCCUGAAAGCUGAGGGCAUCGACAAGGACGUGUGGCUCCACCAGAAGAUGAGGCCCGCUGGCUACCUGACGCAGUAUGACCUCUCAGAGUUUGAGAACAUCGGCGCCAUUGGUCUGGAGCUGUGGCAGGUGAGAUCUGGAACCAUCUUUGAUAACUUCCUGAUCACAGAUGAUGAAGAAUACGCAGAGAAGUUUGGCAAGGCCACCUGGGGGGAAACUAAGGGUCCAGAAAAGGAGAUGGAUGCCAUACAGGCCAAGGAAGAAGUAAAAAAAGCCCGAGAGGAAGAUGAGGAUCUGCUGAUGGGGAAGUUUCACAGGCACAACCAUUUCAGCAGAUUCCAUAGGCAGGGCGAACUGUAGUCAUCCCGGGUCUGCAUGCUGACGACUGGCCCAGCUGCAACUCUGCAUUAAUACACAUCUGAACGGU